AUGGCCUGUCCUCCGCCAGCCCCCGUCACGCAGCAGAUCUGCAGCGCGCACGUCUCGCAGCAGCCGGAGCCACGGGAACUGCGAGAGGCCGCCCGGUGCCCGGUGCUGGACGCAGAUGGGAAAAAGAUCCUCUUCAGGGCCCUGUACAGCGAGCGGAAAGCGAUCGUGGUGUUCGUGCGGAAUUUUUUAUGUUACAUCUGUAAAGAGUAUGUGGAAGACCUGGCAAAAGUCCCCAAGACUUUUUUAGAUGAUGCAAAUGUGAGACUUAUAGUUAUCGGACAGUCAUCUUAUCAUCACAUCAAGCCGUUUUGCAGUUUAACUGGGUAUACACAUGAAAUGUAUGUAGAUCCACAAAGAGAAAUUUAUAAAAUACUUGGCAUGAAAAGAGGUGAAGGUAACAACACACUAGGCACAUCAGUGCAGAGCCCUCAUGUGAAAUCAAACAUGCUUUUGGGAAGCAUUAGGAGUUUGUGGAGGGCGAUGACCGGCCCAGCUUUCGAUUUCCAAGGAGACCCAGCUCAGCAGGGAGGCACUUUGAUUUUGGGCCCAGGUAAUGAAGUUCAUUUUUUGCACCUUGAUAAACACAGGUUGGAUCAUGCCCCUAUUAACACAGUUUUGCACUUUGCAGGAGUUAAAACAGUAAAUUUCACAAACAAAUCCCAGAUCAUUGACAUAUGAUACUGAGACAAUAUAUCAUUUCUUUAUUUUAAUCUACAUGGACAAUACUCCAGAAAACUCCCACCAGCAUCAGUGUCUUUGUGUCUUUAUAUAUCAUUUCCACCACAUCUGGAAAUCAGAACCUUCUAUUGAAGUUGGACACAAAAGAACUAUUUUUACUGUAUAUAAGAAAAUGUAACUGAGUGUUACUGCAAUAAAAGAAAUAAUUUUGUUGUUUAUUAUUUUGAUUAUUAUUUUCUAACCAAGCAAUCUCGUUAAUGUACUUUUCAAAUCUCUGUUUAGGAUGCACUAAUCUGUGGUGGGAAACAUCUAAGCCUGGCUUUGCUCAAAAAUAACUUAGGGGUUUGGUAGAUCACACUGGCUUUUCAAUUCAAGACUUUUCAAAGG